AUGCAAAAUCAAAGGAUUAUUGAUUCCAGAUUUAUCUUCGUCACUUGUGGUGAUUGGGAUCUUCAAUUGCAGCUACCACGAGAAGCUGCUCAUAAAAACAUCAUCACUCCAAGCUACUUCGCUGAGUGGAUAAACGAUCGUGUUUUUGGCGACAUUUCGCAGACGCUUGAUGAAUCUGACCCGAUCCUGGUGAAAGCGGACGGGUACCCGACCUAUCACUUUGCGAAUAUCAUUGAUGAUCGGUUGAUGAAAAUCUCGCACGUGAUUCGCGGCAUGGAAUGGUUAUCUAGUACUGGCAAACACGUGCUUUUGUACAAAACAUUCGGAUGGGAGCCACCCGUCUUUAUGCAUUUGCCUCUGUUGACAAGAGAUGGAAAACAAAAGCUCUCGAAGAGACAUGCCGACGCCUUCGUCGAUUACUAUCAUAAAGAGAAGGGCUUUCUGCCCGUGGCUGUGCUGAAUCUACUGAUUCGCAAUGGCAGCGGAAUCAAAAAUUUCGACUCCAACCAUCUAUAUACCUUGGAAGAAAUGGUGACAUCAUUUGAUGCUUCGCUGAUUGGGAAACGUAAUUUACAGGUAGAUCCCAGCAGCCUUGAGCACUACGGCCGUCUCGCGUUCCAGAAUUCUCCAAUUAGUCAGUUGAUCCCAUUGAUCCGUGAUCGCGUCGCAAAUGACUUGCCUGGCUUCGUCGAUCUAUGUGCUGCACCGGGAGGAUGGAUGCAGGUGGCGAAACAGAACAUGCCUGUCUCCAGCAUUUGCAUCGGCGUGGAUCUUGUGCCGAUUAAACCAAUCCACGGAUGCAUCGCUUUGCAAGGAGACAUCACCGAGGAAUCGACUCGACAGGCCAUCCGCAAAGAGCUGAAGGGUUUUCAGGUGCAUGUUUGGAAACCGGCUGCUUCGCGUUUGGAAUCUGCCGAAAUCUUUGUUGUCUGCGAGAAGUACUCGAAGCCCGACAAAGUAGAUCCCGAUUUGCUGAAUGUGAAGAAGGUGUUCCUCGAACCGAACUUGGACCCCGCCAAGCCCAACAGCCAAGCUCUCCUUUUGAACAAGAAGACGAAAAAGGCGCGUGCCGAGGGCUAUGCUGAAAGCGAUGGACUGACCCUGCAUAAGACUAUUGAUGCCACUACGUUCGUUCACUCCUCUUCCGCCCUGGAUCUGCUUGCUCAAACGAGCAGCAUCAAGCUCGACCAACCGAAGUGGAGCGAAGCACCGGAAACGACGGACGAGGAAUUGGCCAACAUCGAAGCUGAGAUCGCGCGCGCCAGUGCCGAGGAGAAAUCCGAAUUGAAGAAGAAAAAGAAGAAAAUGCUUCGCGAAAAGGCUAAG